GCUCUCACUCUCCCUUUUGCCACCUUUCUCCACUCUCGCGGAGCAAGAGAGAGCAAUCUCUCGCGUUCGACGGAAGCCUGCGCAGAGCGCGGACCGCUCAAACGAGGGGCAAUAUCGGGCGGGGGUGGCGGCGGCACCGUCAGUUGUCGGGAGGGAGCGUGGGAGAGCACUCGCGAGUGGGAGGAGGAUCGAGGGAGGCUGCGGGUCGCGAGCGAGAGCGAGAGGGUGCGUCGCGCGAACAGCGACCGAUACGAGAAAGAAGGCGCGACACAGCGUUAGGGACGGAAGGGUUGGCGGAGUAGAGAGAGAACGUCCGCGUCUUUUCGACGUCGACGCAACCGGGUUGGCGCAGAAUAGCUGCUCAGUGCUCGUCGAACGGCGCCGCGCUGCGACGGGAUCAUGCCGCCGCGCCCUGCGCCACCGAUCGACCGAUCUCAGUCUAUUGAAACCUAUCAUACUGGAAAGAAAGGACUAUUAUCGAGAGAAGGAGCAGGACGAGUGAAUUCACAAAAGAGACUCCGAGACUCCUUCGAACUUCGGAAUUGCGAACCAUUCUUCGAGGAUAGAUGGUGCAAUAAUCUGCGGGAGCCGAUGACCGACUCAUGCCGCGAUCCUUGCUGGAAUCAGCCGGCCGCUCGUCGAUCGUCGUAAGCGAGACGAGGGGAAUCAAAAUGUGACGCGCCAUGUAUCUCUGACGGUCUCGCGACAAAAGGAAGAGACGGGAGACGCGUGGCUCCGGAUUUUGACGAAGGAGAGCCCGGACGACAUGAACUCGAGCGGCGAGUCCAGCGGCACGAUGUCGGAGGACUACGAGGUGGGUGGCUGCGGCGUCCCGGAAGAGGAGACCGGCUCGAAUCUGCCGACGUGGGAGGCGGCGGCGGCCCUGUUGACCCUGGGCUUCCUCGUGCUGGCGACGGUGUUCGGCAACGCGCUGGUAAUCCUGAGCGUCUUCACGUACCGGCCGCUCCGCAUCGUCCAGAACUUCUUCAUCGUCUCAUUGGCGGUGGCGGACCUCGCGGUGGCGCUGCUCGUCAUGCCGUUCAACGUAGCCUACCUCUUGCUGGGCAAGUGGAUCUUCGGCAUCCAUCUGUGCAAGCUGUGGUUGACGUGCGACGUGCUCUGCUGCACCGCCAGCAUCCUCAACCUGUGCGCGAUCGCGCUCGACCGCUACUGGGCGAUCACCGAUCCGAUUAACUACGCGCAGAAGCGCACCCUCAAGCGCGUGCUGGCGACGAUCGCCGGUGUGUGGAUCCUCUCGGGUGCGAUCAGCUCGCCGCCGUUGGCCGGUUGGAACGACUGGCCGGAGGAACUGGAGCCGGGCACGCCGUGUCAGCUCACCAGGCGCCAGGGCUACGUCAUAUACUCGUCCUUGGGCUCCUUCUUCAUACCGUUGUUGCUGAUGAGUCUGGUCUACCUGGAGAUCUUCCUGGCGACGCGCAGGAGGCUACGCGAGCGGGCGCGACAAAGCAGACUCGGCCCGGUGCAGUCGACCAGGCAUCGCGAAACCGACGACGCCGAGGAGUCCGUGAGCUCGGAGACGAAUCACAACGAGCGCUCGACGCCGCGUCUGCAGGCGAAACCGUCGUUGAUCGACGACGAGCCGACCGAGGUGACGAUAGGCGGCGGUGCCAGUGUCACCGGCACGUCCUCCAGGCGAGGCGGUAACGCCGGCGUCGCCGCCGCCACCUCGACCGUCUACCAGUUCAUCGAGGAGCGCCAGAGGAUUUCGCUGUCGAAGGAGAGGCGCGCCGCGAGGACCCUCGGCGUCAUCAUGGGCGUGUUCGUCGUCUGCUGGCUGCCCUUCUUCCUCAUGUACGUCAUCGUGCCGUUCUGCCCGGCGUGCUGUCCGUCGGACAGGAUGGUAUACUUCAUCACGUGGCUCGGUUACGUCAACAGCGCUCUCAAUCCCCUCAUCUACACGAUCUUCAACCUCGACUACAGGAGAGCAUUCAGGCGGCUGCUGCGAAUCCGCUGAGGGUUCUCCUCUUCCGCUUCCGGGAGAGAAAGGGAAACAGGCCGACCAGCGUCCCUCGGUCAGCUCGUCCUCCACACGAGGAUUCUCUUGUGCGACUCGAACGAGAGCGGUCGUCUCGCAACGUCGCGUCGCGUCCUUCUCCUCGCCGAGCAGCAGCAACAGCAGCAGCAGCAGCAACGGUGCGGAAUCUCGCGGCUUCGAUCGGCUGGUCUGUGGUGUGCCGCGUGUCUUCGUCACCCGAUUCUUUUAUUCCACACUCGCGGAGUCUCUUGCCGGCGGAUCUGCUGAGCUGACGGAAAGAGAUCGUUAAAUAAGUUCUUCGUCCAGGGAAAAGCGCGUCGCCCAUCGCUCGCACAUUCACGCUCGUGUUCACAGUGACGCAAUUAAUGGCAAUUUCUAUGCCCCUCGCCUCGCUCCGAUCACGCAGCUCUCGUUACGUUUCAGUGGUGAGACCUUAAUGCGGACGGCACAAAGACGAAUUACGACGAGUAAACGACGGAACAAGGAAGCGUCGCGUCUCGGGGCGAGGAAGUGAACCGGCAAGUAAGUUAGCGGAUCCCGUAAAUUGGCGGGACUUAUUAUUGUUUCAAUGGCCAGAGAGAGAGAGAGAAAGA